UCUAAUCGCGCGCGCUCUCGGUAGGGUACAAAACACGUAAAGUGAUUUUGCAGUCGCAUCUGCGUCGCUCGGUUAGUCCUGUCGAUUUGUUGAUCUCCCGCCAUGUCGCGAUUUUUCCUGCUCCUCCUCUCGCAAGUCGUCCUGUUUGUCUCGGCGAGGGUCUCGUCGGAAGUGAAGGAACCGACCUGCCGGGACACCGACGGCUACAACGUCUGCCACUACAUGGGGGUGCUCGUCGAGGUUACGCAACGUCGUUUCGAGGACCGAUUGGACAUUAGCGACCUGGAUCUCCUGGCGAUUCGAGAGGACGCCUUCAAGAACGUGACGGCGACACACUUGUACCUGAACCAGGGCAACCGGAUAUCCGUGCUGAAGAGGGGAUCCUUCCGCGGUCUGCCCAAUUUGGAGCGUCUUCACUUGGACGACAACGUGGUGCCAUUGUCGGGGCACUUGUUCGCGGAAUUGGGACACCUGCAGUCCCUGUCGUUAAUCUUCAACAGGAUAGAAUCGAUACCAAAGGACUCGUUCGCCGGUCUGUCGAGCCUGAUGUGGCUCUACCUGGGUCACAAUGACAUCGAGGCGAUCGAAGCGGAAUCCUUCGCGAAUCCGAAUCCCAGUCUGCUGUACCUGUGGCUCAACAACAACAAAAUCUCCCGCGUCGCACCCGGCUCUUUCGCCGGCUUGACCGAGCUGAGUCGCCUUCACUUGGACUACAAUCAGUUGGAGGGCUUGCCGAGCGGCGCCUUUCGAGGACUGAACAAGUUGGAGGAUCUCUACUUAAAUGACAAUCGGAUAACGAGCGUCUCCAGAGCGCUACUCCGUAACCUGGUCGGUCUGAGGAGACUCUAUCUUCAGCAGAACGAUAUCAGCGCUCUCGAACCGGAAACGUUCCGGGAGCUGUCUAAGCUGGAACUGCUGCGACUGGACGGAAACAAAUUGUCUCAUAUUGUAACCGGCACCUUUGCCGGACUCUCCAGUCUCAUUGACCUCAAGCUAUCCGACAAUAACAUCCGCGCGAUGGAUAAUGGCGCUCUCGCCAAUCUCGUCAAUUUGCGACGCCUCUACUUCGGCGGCAACAAUUUCACCGAAAUCGAGAGGGAGAUCGCCAACCUUCCGCGCGUUACCGUCAUCACGACGCCUUAGGGAUUUGCUUAUGUUUCAACGUAUAAAAGUCGACAUUUAUAGUCGAUUUCUGUUUAAGAUCAUGGUGGAAUUAGAAAGAUGACGCAUUGCGCAUAAUGCAUCCGUGGAUUAUUUUCCAGCUCGCUAUUUCAACCAAUUAGGUGCACUAAUGCAAGCCGCAAAUUUUAAAGAUAUUCGCUAACUUGGCUAGGUUAUCCCACUACAUUGGUUUUGCAUUGCCAUACACAUUUGAUUAGCUGACUUCCCUUCUUACUAAAUUUCUGAACAACUGUGUAUCUUCCGAAAUACGUCACCUUUUUAAUCCCACCAUAGACAUCGUUUAAGAUCAUAGGCUGGUACUCAUAGUUUCAUCUUAUAUUUAAGAUCAUCUUAAGUAUCAUCUUAAGAUGUCAUCAACUAAUCACAGAGAUGUACUAGCAUUUCAAGAUUUACUUAAGACGCUCUUGAAAUAAGAAUCGACUAUGCUGGUCAUACAUCAAUCACGGAACUAUACACGAAGGACAUUUUACGUCGAAAAUUACUAUGGCAUAUACUAUAUUGUAUCACACUAUAUUAUACUAUAUAUAUACUAUUAUACUAUACACUAUAUUUUAUACUUAUACUACAAUAUAUGGUAUUCUCUGAAAUUUCUUUUUAUGGUCCGUGGUUACUAUCGAACAUAGUAAUUUUUGAUAUAAAGUUUUUUCCAUGUGGACACCUUAAGACAUUACUCAAGACUCUUGAAAUAAGAAAUAAGAAUCGACUGUGAAAUCAACCGUGAAAUUCUUCUAUUGUCUAAAAAGAAAUAAAUCCUUGGUCUAAUCAUGGCGUAACGACAUA